AUGUCUUCUUCUCUGAUCGGAACGCACAAUGGAAAGUUUCAUUGCGAUGAGGCGUUCGCGUGCUUCAUGCUCAAGCAGCUACCCAAGUUCAAGGACCACGACAUCGUCAGGUUUAGCUGCCUUCUGAUUGAUUCUUUUAGACGGUCUUGUUUGUUUUAGGACGCGUGAUCCCGCAAAACUCGAACAAUGUGACAUUGUUGUGGAUGUCGGAGGAGUGUUCGACCACUCCGCUCAACGAUACGAUCAUCACCAACGAGGAUUCACCGAAACGAUGCGAACACUCGAAAAGCUCAACUUUGACACGAAGCUGUCCUCGGCCGGUCUCGUCUACGCCCACUACGGGAAGGAAGUGAUCGAUCAGAUCCUCGGCGGCGGCGUCUCCUCGUCCCUUCUCGAUCUCUUCUACCAUCGCCUCUAUGAGAAAUUUGUCGAGUCGAUCGACGCCAUCGACAAUGGAAUCUCGCAGUACGACGGCGCUCCUCGCUAUCACUCGCCCGGAAAUCUUUCGUCGCGCACGGGACAGUUUAAUGCUCACUGGAAUGAGCCGGAAAACAACGCCGACGAGAGAUUCCAGAAGGCGAUGCAGUUCAUCGGAGAAGAAUUCGUGCGGACCGUCAAAUACAUGGCGAAUGUGUGGUGGCCGGCGCGAGAAAUUAUCGAGAAUUCCGUGGAGAGACGAUUCGAAAACGAUCCGUCUGGAAGGAUUAUCCUUAUCGAAAACGGAGCGUGUCCGUGGGCCGAGCACUUCUUCGACAUCGAGGCCGAGAAGAACAUCGCCGAUGAUUGGAUCACCUACAUUCUGUUCCAAGGUACGACCCCUAAAUCUUCCUUCUUUUCUAGUUGCAUAUCUUGCAGAUUCGACGAGCAGCUCUUGGCGCGUGCUGGCGAUUCCGCUCGACAAGAACACCGCUUUCGAGAAUCGUCUGCCUCUUCCGGCCGCUUGGCGCGGACUUCGUGACGCUGAUCUGAGCAAGGUGAGCGGCAUCGACGGCGGAGUGUUUGUGCACAUUUCUGGAUUCAUUGGCGGAAAUCUCUCACGUGAGGGCGCUCUGGAGAUGGCCCGAAAGUCUCUGGAAAUUGGGUCAGAAUCACCGGCGAAGAAGGCCAAGUUCGACGAAUAA